AUGGCUGCGCUCUCCCAGCACUUGAGGAUCCUGCUGUGGAAGAACUGGCUGAGUGUCAAGAGGCAGCCGGUAUGGUCGUUCAUUUUAAUUUCCUGGCCUGUGGUUGUUUUCAUAAUCUUGGCCAUUAUCCGUCUCAAAUUCCCUCCAGAACCACAGCCAAACUGUUACCUUGCACCUCGAAACCUUCCCAGCGCAGGGUUCUUCCCGUUCCUGCAAACUGUGCUGUGUGAUUCAGAUGCCAGAUGUAAAGGCACACCAUACGCACCAGAAGAUCUGCUGCCAAGACUUAAUGACAUCUCAUCUCUCAGACUUAAGCGGAAAAGCUCAUCCAGUGUGGCCAAGGACAACCAUCCAUUGCCAUGGAGUGCAGAGGUUCCAAAAAGCAGGAACAUUUCACUGGCAUUUGGGGAUUUCGUAUCUCAUGGAGAAAAACCCUUCUGGAAUAUUUCAUCACCAUCCAAUUUGACUUCCAGCAUCCACAUGUUCAACAAAAUCCUCAGUUUUGGGAAGAGCCAGACCCAAUAUUCAACUGCAGCAAAUCUCAAAGUCAUUCUGUGUGAGGUCUUGUCACGAUACAUAGCACAUCCUGACCUCAGUGAGGAGAAGAUGGCAGCCAACAUCCACCAGACAUUCUGCUUUACUGACUCAUCCCUUUUAGAGUCAUUUACCCAGGAAUUCAGAAAUCAGCUCUCUCAAGUGCAACACAACCCACAGUACCAGGCAACAUUUGUCCAUGAAAUGGUCUCGUUCCUCACACUCAUCUCCCAAGUGCAGAAUGACAAGUCCCUGUGGCAUCUCCUUUUGCUGGCCCCAGAUGUCUUUCAGGGCAGCAUGCAACUGCAAGACGUGAUUGAUUUCCUUCAGAAUCCAAGAAGUACUGUGCUGCCAGCUCAGAAUGCCUCUGCAUCACUUGUGGCUGAUGAUAGAUUCCAAACUGUUCACAGUGGGAUUACAGAUCCUCCAUAUUACCUGAACUGUUCAGAGCAAGAUAAAGAAAAAUAUGUGGUGACCAGACACAUUUGCAAUCUCUUUAACUGGACAGACAACUGGACUUCACUGUCUGAACUGGAGGAAGUUCUGAGAAAAAUAAAGUCACCAGAGAUUGGUGGAAAAGUCUCCAAGAGGUCCAUUAAUUCCGGUGAUUUAGAAGCCAUACAAAACUCUCUACAUCGUUUAAAAGGCUUUGAGAAGAAAAUGAAUAGAAGUGAAUUAAAAAUCUUAAAUCUAUUCACAAAUUUGAAGAAUGAAACAUUACAGAAAUUGUAUGCAAUUCUUGAACUGGGAAUGAAUCCACAUCGUGAUUAUAAAUUAAGAGAAGCAUAUAAUAAGGAAAUAAUUGAUGAAAUCUAUAACUUCACAUCUCUGCAAUUACAGAGUGACUUUAAUGGUACUUCCAUUUUCAAUAUAAUGACCCAGUGGAAAGAAAUUCAGAGUGCUUUAAAAUUAGCUCCAAUGAUUUGGAAUCCAGUUCUGUUAAAUAAUUCCAAUUUUAGCACAACUCAAAUUGAGGAGUCUCUCAAAAUGUUGCUCUCCAAGAGCGUGCCAUCAUCUCUGGAAGACUUCAGAGGGCAUUUAAAUGGAAUGGAAGAAAUACCAUCGUUGUUUUCUGAUUAUCUGCUUCAGCCUUUGUCCUACAGGAACUUUCCAGACCAGCUCCUAGCUCUCCAGAAGAUUUUUUUUAUAAUGACAGACACCAGCAUAGGUUAUCAGUACCUACUGAUGCCUGUGAUUGAACUGAUGCGGAAGGUAGAAAGCUCCAUGGGUGAAGCCUGGAGGGAUGAGCUGAAUGUCUAUUGGCGUCUUGGGGAAAAGCUGAGAUCAAUGAAGUGGAACAACACAGGAAUCAUAGCCUACAGGCAGUUCUUAGAGGUAUUAACCACUCAUUUAAAAAAGCUGAAUAACAAUUCAAGUAGUGUUUCCAGUGCACAAUUGGAUCAACUGUCAGAACUUAUAACAGCCGUGUUUAAAGAGUUUGGGGAAAAGUCUGAAGUAGCCAAUAUCUCACUAGUCCUUCAAGCCAUACAAAAGACCUUGCACAUAUUAAAAGACUUAAUGCUAAAUUAUAAUGUCAGUAAAUUACAAUCUAUAGAUCUUUUCUUUAAUUUUGACAAUAAAACCUCUGAGAACCUGGCUGAAUUUCUCAAGGCAGGAUUGAAAAUCCUUCAUUAUAUAAGUGCUGGCAAAGCUUCCAGUGAAGAAAUAAUUAAUCCUAUCUAUAACUUAACACACCUUCUACUGCAGGAGUUCAACCACUCUUCCUUACGGGACAGUACUUUUGUAGAUGUGAAGAUUUGGGACUUCUUGCAUACAGCCCUGAGUCCUUUCCUUCAGAAGAUCUUCAGUGGUUAUGGAGCAAUCCAUAACUGCUCUGCUGAGGAUGUGCUCCAUGUGACACUUGAGAUGCUCUUUGAAAAUGCCACUCUGAGUGAGUCCUUAGCAGGCAGCCCUUGCAAACCUUUCUUUGAUGCCAUGGGCAUGGAGGGUGCAACAAUGCACAACGACACCUUUACAGAAAUGUUCCAGCUUGCCAUAACAAACCUGAAACUGUCUCCAGAGUUUGCUGCUGUCUACAAGAGUGGCAGUGAACACUUUUCCAAGGAGCUGUCUUGCACUGUUCAGGCUCUGCAGUCUUCUCUGCAUUUCCUCUCCAAAUUAAACCUUGUCUCUGAGCUGGAAACCUCUUGGGUGGAGGAGCAGUUGAGAAUUCUGACUGUUGUCACAGAGGGGCUGCUGCAGAGUAAUGUUUCCUGCUCAGUCCCAGUCCCUGAUGUGGAUGGCAUGCUCCCAUCUCAGCUUUUGGACAUGGUUCUUCCUUUCACGGUGAAUGAAGAAGUGUUGAACUCCUUAAAUUCCUCUGACAGCUUGGCAGACUGGCAUAGGCUGCCUGUGCUUUCCCCUCUGCUACCAACUCUUCCCAUUAGGAACAGCAGUAUAGAUGAACUGAUACAGGAGGGCAGAAGGGCUUCCAGCCAGUUGGACUGGGCACGUUUCUCACAGCUGUGGCAUGCCACUGGCAACAUGUUGACCACCAAAUGGAACAUAACAGAAGUGAGUGAAUAUGUGAAACUCCUGGAAAUGAUGAAGAAAGCCCUAAUUCUUGUGGACUUUGGAGUAGCUCCUGGAAAGACAAUAGUACACCAGAUCUUUCAUAAUUCUAGCAGAGGAAUUAAAUCCUCGGAUCUGAAUUACUUGUAUAAUUCAUUAAAGCUCUUUUUCAAUUCAAGUUCUGCCACAAACAGCACACUGGACUUGGAAAGCCUGCUUCAAGAAAUAUUCUCACUGUAUGAAGCUGGUGGUGAAGGAUUGUUCUAUGCUAGCCCCUACAGAGAAGAAAAUCAUGAUGUUCUAACUAUGGCUGCAGUGAUUUGGAACCAGACAAUGUUAAACAGGGCUCAUUUUAGUACAGAGGAAGCAUGGGAGAUUAUCAAAAUGAUUGCACUUGAUGCCAUCUCACUUGAAAACAUUGCAGAUUAUCUCAGUACAAAUGAAGAAGUGUCAUCAUUAUUUUCUGACUUCUUGUUGACCCCUGUGACUUCUGAAAAUUUUGCAGAACAUCUCUUGGCCCUUGAUCAGCUUCUUGCUGCCAUGUCAGAGGUGAAUACCAGUGAUCAUUAUCUACUGAUCUCUUCUUUGGCUAAGCUAAUGAAAAAACUCCAGAAUUCCCCUCUGAUAAGGCAGAGACAUGGACUUCAUGUGUUCUGGCAUAUAGCUGAAGUGCUUCAGCCUGUAAGCUGGAAUAUUACAGACAAUCUGACUUCUCAGUCACUCUUAGACAUACUGCAAAAUCAGUUCAGUACCAUAAACAAUGACUCCAGUCUUCCUUUCAGCAAGGAACUGAGAGAAGUGAUAAACUUCCUAUCCUCCAUGCUUGAGCUGUAUGGUGAAGAAGAUUCCAGAGGAGCCAAUGUGUCCAUAUACUUGCAGGCCAUGCAAAGGAGUAUCUUAAUUUUAAAAGAUUUGCAGAGAAGGUAUAAUAUCAGUGAGCUUGAAACCAUCAGCCUAUUGCUUGAUUAUUACAGUAUCUAUACACAGAAACUGAUUGAAAUAUGGAGAGCAGGAAUGAAAGUGCUUCACGACACCAAUCUAAACAAAACAGCUGAAGAAAAAAUGGGCAUUGUCUAUAAUUUCUCACAUUUUCUGCUGCAGAAUGAGUUCAUCCACUCUUCCUUAUGGGACAGUACUUUUGUAGAUGUGAAGAUUUGGGACUUCUUGCAUACAGCCCUGAGUCCUUUCCUUCAGAAGAUCUUCAGUGGUUAUGGAGCAAUCCAUAACUGCUCUGCUGAGGAUGUGCUCCAUGUGACACUUGAGAUGCUCUUUGAAAAUGCCACUCUGAGUGAGUCCUUAGCAGGCAGCCCUUGCAAACCCUUCUUUGAUGCCAUGGGCAUGGAGGGUGCAACAAUGCACAAUGACACCUUUGCAGAAAUGUUCCAGCUUGCCAUAACAAACCUGAAACUGUCUCCAGAGUUCGCUGCUGUCUACAAGAGUGGCAGUGAACACUUUUCCAAGGAGCUGUCUUGCACUGUCCAGGCUCUGCAGUCUUCUCUGCAUUUCCUCUCCAAAUUAAAUCUUGUCUUUGAGCUGGAAAAUUCUUGGGUGGAGGAGCAGUUGAGAAUUCUGACUGUUGUCACAGAGGGGCUGCUGCAGAGUAAUGUUUCCUGCCCAGUCCUGGUCUCUGAUGUGGAUGGCCUGCUCCCAUCUCAGCUUUUGGACAUGGUUCUUCCUUUCACGGUGAAUGAAGAAGUGUUGAACUCCCUAAAUUUUUCCAGUGGCUUAGCAGGCUGGAAUAACCUCUCCACACUCUUUAGUCUAGCACAGAAUGAGGUCUACCUGAACACCUUAGUGCAGAGUCUCCAAAGUGCUUUCAACCUCACCAAAUGGAGGUAUUACUCCAGCAUCUGGGAUGUGAUUGACAGUUUCUUAGACACUGAAAGGGAUCAAACUGAAGCAGCUGCCUUUGCAAAGUUGUUGGAAGCAGUGGCAGACAACUCUGCCAACGAUUUGUCAGCUGCAGACAUUGUAGAAGCCAGUCUCUACAUUCUCAGGAGACUGAACUUCUCUGAACUGCUAAGUGAAUUUAAUAUAAGUUCCAGUUUGCCUUUACUCUCCAGCAAAACUGUUCUUGACAGUGUGAUUGAUGUUGUCGCUCAUCACUUCCUUGUCGUGACGGAAACCCUGUACAACAAGACUCUACCUUGGACUCAGAGUGACAAAAGUCUGUCCCCAACCAGUUUAAUCACACGAUUUUUGUUUUUAGAGUUUGAAAACACCAUCUUACAGGUGACAGUCAAUAGCAGCUAUCACCCCUACCUGAUGUGUUUAAUAAAUGCCACCAAAGAUGAAGACAGCAAAUUGACAGCAAACAUCACACUGCUUUUGAAGCAAGCUCGUCUGAAAAAGAACUCUUUUAUGCAAAGUAAUACCUCUGAGAAACAUUCAUCCAUACCAGAGCUACUGAAACUAAAAAUCUCUCGCCUCCGGGAUCUGACAACACUUCUUUGUGACUAUGAGAGCUUUAAGUCAGUGCAGCAUAUCUGCCAUCUCCCUGAUGUUAGCUUUGGAGAGCUGUGUGAACAAAGCCAAUCUCAUGAGCAGCUCCUCCGUGCUAUUGAAGUGAGCAAUCAGGUUGUGACCGAUGUACUGAACCACAGAAGAAUCUUCCAAGAGCUUCAAACUGUAUUGAUUGGGGAUGCCACAAACAUCCAGACACAAAUGAAAUGGUUUCAAGAAAAUGUACCAGAAAUUGCUUUGUUUCAAGAGAUUCCUCGGUAUGUUACUGCUUUGAAUUCCAUGUUGAAUGUCACUGAAAACUUAAAGGAUUCUAGCAAGCAAGUAAAGUUAGGAGAUGUCAUUAAAAAUGUGGACCAGCUCAAAGAGGAUCUCAGAAAUGCAACAAGAAUGUCUGUAGCCAGUAUUGAUGCUCUUCUGGAAGCCUCUCUCCCAGAAAACAGCAGUCAGCUCAUUUCUGAGAUUCUCCAGCUGGAGUCUUGUAGCAUGCGUCCUGCCGACCCUCAGCUGCAAAUAGUAGUGGAGGAGUUCUGCAACCUCUCUCUUUCAGAGAGGACUUGUGAGACAUACAUCCUGGGAGUCACCCUGUUACGACACUUAGACAUUUACAAUUUCUUAUACAAGAUGUUUUUCCCUAAGGAACUUCAGCAGCCCCUGGAUGAGAUGUUAGGCCUGUUGACAAAAGUGAAGUAUUUCAGACACCAGGUUGAAUCCAGUGUUGAUCCACUGUUACAAGCUAUUCAUUCACUGAAAAAGCUCCGUCAGUCUAGAAAUGUGCCACUGACUAAGGCAUUGUUUAAACCAAACAAUGUUAAGAUAACACAUGGCACAUUUAAGUCCAUGUCUAAAGUCCUCUGCAACCAGGAGAUCACACCUCUGUUUUUUGAGUCCUUGCUUCCAGAUUUUGGAGACCCUGUAAGCAACAAUUCUUCUAUGGAGGAUGUCUAUGUCAAAAAGAUGGUGGCAAAAUAUGGGAUUCCUCAAGACACCACACCGUUUUGCUUAUCCUUUUACCUGGACCUGGUCAAGACCCCAACUGGAGCUUUAAUUUGGUCUUUUUUGAAACCAAUGGUGCUUGGGAAGAUUCUUUAUACACCAGAUACAAUAGAAACUCGAGCAAUCAUGGGAAAGUCUAAUGCAACGCUGGAGCAGAUGGCUGAUCUAGCCCUGAAGUCCCAGGAGUGGUUGGACAAGUCUCCUGUCGUCAUGAAUUCGCUGACUAAGUUAAACCAGACAGUUCCAAUGAUCAAGAACACCCUGCAGAAUCCCUUUGUGCAGGUGUUUAUCAAGCUGAUGGUGGAUUUGGAUGCAGCUGAGCUGCUGAGUCAGAUUAACAAACUGGAUGAUAUUCGACUGGAGCUACAGAACAACUCUGACAUUGUCGAUCAGCUGAACACAUUAGCUACUCUUGCUGUGAACGUGUCCUCCUGUGUCUCAUUUAAUCGUAUUCAGGCAGUCAAAAGCUUAGAGGAGAUGGAAAUGGUGGCUAAAGAGCUCUUUCUGAAGAACGAGCUUUUUGCAAGUAUCAUUUUCAAGCUACCCUCAAGUCGUAGCAGCCCUGGGCACUCCAUUUAUGGGGAUCUGGUCCUCCCUCCUGUGCUCAACUACACCAUCCGAAUGAGCAGCAGAAUCACACAAACCACCAACAGAAUAAGGGAGCGCAUCUGGACUGUGGGUCCGCACAACUCUACCUCGCAGAGCCAGAUUUACAGCCGGGCAUUUAUUUACAUCCAGGACAGCAUUGAAAGAGCCAUUAUUGAAUUACAGACUGGCAAGAAACCAGAGGAAAUAGCUGUUCAAGUCCAGGCCAUGCCUUACCCCUGCUACAAUAAGGAUAUGUUCUUAACCAGCGUGACCUACUCCCUUCCAUUUGCUCUGAUGGCUGCCUGGGUGCUGUUUAUAGCUGAUUUUGUUAAAACACUUGUUCAAGAGAAAGAUCUGAGGCUUUAUGAGUACAUGAAAAUGAUGGGUGUUAAUGCCAGCAGCCAUUUCAUCGCCUGGUUCAUAGAGUGUGCCGUCUUCCUUCUAAUUACCGUCACCUUCCUCAUCGUUGUUCUAAAAGUGGGCGACAUCCUUCCCAAAACAAACACAGCACUCCUGUUCCUGUACCUUAUGGACUACAGCCUGUCCAUCAUAGCCAUGAGCUACUUCAUCAGUGUUUUCUUCAAUAACACCAACAUAGCAGCCUUGGUGGGCAGUCUUGUGUACAUCCUCACCUUCUUUCCUUUCAUCGUGUUGCUUGUCAUCGAGAAUCAUUUGAGCUUCUCUGUGAAGAGCCUACUGAGCCUGUUGUCUCCAACUGCGUUCAGUUAUGCAAGCCAAUACAUUGCUCGAUAUGAGGCACAAGGUGUAGGUCUGCAGUGGGACAACAUGUAUAAGUCUCCAAUGAUUGGAGACAACACUUCCUUUGGCUGGAUGUGCUGGCUCAUUCUGAUAGACUCUUUCAUCUACUUCAUUCUGGGAUGGUAUAUAAGGAAUGUUUUUCCAGGUAGAUACGGCAUGGCUGCUCCCUGGUAUUUCCCAUUGCUUCCAUCUUACUGGAUUGAAUACAACAGUUACCUUCCUUUCUGGAAUGAGAAACGAAGAGGCCUCCUCUCCAAGCUGAUGUUAAGGAAAGAAGCCACUCUCAACAAUAAAAUAUGUGCUGCAUCACCUCACCUGGAACCAGAUCCCACUGAUCUCACUUUGGGAGUUGCCCUUCAUGGCAUAACAAAGAUUUAUGGAUCCAAAGCUGCAGUGGACAACCUCAGCCUCAACUUCUACGAAGGCAAUAUCACUUCCCUGCUGGGACACAAUGGAGCCGGGAAAACUACGACCAUAUCUAUUUUGACUGGGCUGUUCCCUACAUCAUCAGGUACUAUCUUCGUGUAUGGCAAAGACAUCAGGACUGACCAGGAAGUUAUCAGGAAGAACAUGGGGGUGUGCAUGCAGCACAAUGUUCUUUUUAACUACCUCACCACAAAGGAACACCUGCUGCUCUAUGGGUACAUCAAAGUCCCUCACUGGAGUAAACAGGAGCUCUACCAAGAAGUGAAGAGGACUUUGAAGGAGACUGGACUGUACAGCCAUCGUCACAAGCUGGCUGGCUCCCUCUCAGGGGGAAUGAAGAGGAAGUUAUCUAUAGCUAUUGCUCUCCUGGGUGGAUCAAGGGUGGUGAUACUAGAUGAACCAACCACAGGGGUGGAUCCAUGCUCUCGAAGAAGUAUUUGGGAAAUUAUCUCCAAGAACAAAAAAGGCAGAACCAUCAUUCUCUCAACACAUCACUUGGAUGAAGCAGAAGUUCUGAGUGACCGAAUCGCCUUCCUAGAGCAUGGAGGGCUCAAAUGCUGUGGCUCUCCAUUCUACCUCAAGGAAACUUUUGGUGAUGGAUACCACCUGACACUCACAAAAAAAAAGAACAUGAUAGAAGAGUGUGACACCACAGCAGUGACCUCGCUGAUCCAGUCUCACCUCCCAGAAGCUUAUCUCAAGGAGGAUAUUGGUGGAGAGCUUGUGUAUGUGCUUCCUCCCUUCAAGUCCACAGUCUCAGGAGCCUACCAGGCUCUUCUCAGAGCCCUUGAUACCAGCUUGAGUGAUCUCCACCUUGGUUGCUAUGGGAUUUCAAACACAACUGUGGAAGAGGUGUUUCUCAAUCUGACAAAAGACCUAGUGAAGAACCCACAAGAAGAUGCUGAACUGCCCCAAGAGCUGCCUGGAGCCAGUGGUCAGAUUGGUGGUGAUGAAAUGUCUAUGAGCACAGAUACCUUCACAGAAAGAGAUGAUCAGCUCCUGAUCAGAUCAAAAAGCCUGCAGGGUUUGCCGUUGCUGCUGAAGAAGACAUCAGCUUUAUUCGUUAAGAGAUUCCACCAUACCCGUCGGGAUGUCAGAGGCUUCAUUGCUCAGGUCAUCCUCCCAGUCCUCUUCGUGACAGCUGCGAUGGGGCUGGGGACACUGAGAACUAAGGAGACCGAAUAUCCUGAACUGCUUCUUUCCCCCUCUCUGUAUGGCACAUCUGACCAGGCAGACUUCUUUGGGAAUUUUAAUGAAACCACAGAUGCUUUAGUUGCUUCAAUGCUUGCUUUCCCUGGAACAGAUAACACAUGCAUGAAUGAAAGCAAUUCGCAGUGUUUAAAGGAGGACAUGCUCGGCCAGUGGAUUACAAGUGGAAACGAGAGAACUAAGUACUCUGCCUGCAACUGCACACAUGGAAUCCAGACGUGCCCACAGACAAACUACACUCCCCCUCACAGAAGGACCUUCUCCACACGGACACUCUACAAUCUUACAGGGCACAAUGUGGAGACCUACAUUCUGGCAACUGCCAAAGACUUCCUGCAGAAACGAUAUGGUGGCUGGAGCUUUGGACUGCCAUUAACAAAAGAUCUCCAGUUCGAUAUCAAGCCAGUGCCCCCCAACAGAACGUUGACUAAGGUGUGGUAUAAUCCCGAAGGUUAUCACAGCCUUCCAGCCUAUCUCAACAGCUUGAACAACUUCAUUCUUCGAGCUAACUUGCCAAAAAAUGAGACUUCUAGAUAUGGUAUUUUCUUAUCUGCUCACCCAUAUCCUGGAGGACAGAGUCAAGAACAAGUCAUGCUCAACAGCUUACUUGACAUCAUAGUUUCCAUGUCUGUUUUGGUUGGCUACUCUAUCACAACAGCAAGCUUUGUGCUCUAUGUGGUAAAAGAACAUCAAACCAAAGCCAAGCAGCUGCAGCAUAUUUCAGGCAUUGGGAUGACAAGCUAUUGGGUGACAAACUUCAUUUAUGAUCUGGUGCUUUUCAUGGUCCCCAUUGGCCUCUCAGUAGGAGUUAUUUCAUCCUUCCAGAUACCAGCUUUCUGCAAUGACAGUAACUUACUGGCAGUGUUUCUUCUGCUUCUACUGUUUGGAUACGCAACGUUUUCGUGGAUGUACCUGCUGGCUGGGGUGUUCAAAGAAACAGGGAUGGCCUUCAUCGUUUAUGUCUGUGUCAACUUGUUCUUUGGCAUCAAUACCAUCAUCACACACUCGGUUGUAUUUCUGCUCUCCCAGGAGAAAGCCACGGACCAGGGCUUGCGUGACCUCGCUGAAAACUUAAGGCAUGCCUUCCUUCUGUUCCCACAAUUUUGCUUUGGCUAUGGCUUGAUUGAACUGUCACAGGAUCAGGCACUGCUGGGCUUCUUGAAAGCCUAUGGAGUGGACUACCCUGACAAAACCUUUGAGCUGGACAAAACCACAUCCAAGCUACUUGCCAUGUUUAUCCAGGGCACUGUGUUUAUUGUCAUUCGUCUUACAGUUCAAGACAGGAUGAUUCAGAGAGUCUGGAACAACACACUAGAGUACCUGUUUGACAGAGUACAUGGCAAAAUAUCACUUCUUCCACCUGUGGCUGAAGAGGAUGGGGACGUCCAAGCAGAAAGGGUCAGAGUGGAAUCUGGCAAAGCUGACUUUGAUGUGGUGCAGCUCCAGAAUCUGACAAAGAUCUAUCACUUUCCUCACAAACGCAUUGUGGCUGUGAAAAACAUCAGCCUGGGCAUUCCUGCUGGAGAGUGCUUUGGCUUGCUUGGUGUGAACGGAGCUGGAAAAACGACCAUCUUUAAGAUGCUGACAGGUGAUAUCGGAGCAUCCAAUGGAAGGCUGAGGAUCCAGGAUCAUUCUGGGUCCUUGAAUGACAUUAAUGAGGCCCACUGGUCACUCUUUGGCUACUGCCCUCAAGAAGAUGCCUUGGAUGACUUGCUGACAGUGGAAGAGCAUAUGUAUUACUAUGCUAGGCUCCAUGGUAUUCCAGAGAGAGAGAUCAAAGGAGUUGUACUCCAGCUUCUCCACCGGUUGAAUCUGAUGGCCUACAAGGACAGAGUCACCUCUAUGUGCAGUUAUGGCACCAACAGAAAAUUAUCGACUGCUCUGGCUCUCAUUGGGAAUCCAUCAAUUCUGCUGCUGGAUGAACCAAGCUCUGGAAUGGAUCCGAAUGCUAAACGCCACCUUUGGAAAAUCAUCAGUGAGGAAGUGCAGAACAAGUGCUCAGUGAUACUCACAUCCCACAGCAUGGAAGAAUGUGAAGCCCUCUGUACCAGGCUGGCUAUUAUGGUGAAUGGGAGUUUUCAGUGCAUUGGCUCUUUGCAGCACAUCAAGAGCAGGUUUGGAAGAGGAUUCACUGUGAAGAUGCAUUUAAACAGCAACACAGUUUGCACUGAGGCACUGACAGAGUUCAUGAAGUCACACUUUCCAAAUACGUGCCUGAAGGAUCGGCAUUUCAACAUGGUGGAGUAUCACGUUCCAAUCUCUGCAGGAGGAGUAGCAAAUAUAUUUGAUCUCCUGGAAGCCAGCAAAGCAGCCUUCAAUAUCAGGCACUUCUCAGUGAGCCAAACAACGUUAGAGGAGGUUUUCAUCAACUUCGCUAAAGAUCAGGCAGAUCCUGAUGGUGCAGAUGCAGGUCCUGAUGUGACAUUGGACAAUUCUGACACAAGCAGCCAAGUUAGCACCAUAAGCUCCAUCUACUGAAGGGACCCAAGCAAAGAAGAUCAUAGAAGCUGGGGAAAAAAAAAAUCUGAUAACUCCUCAGGGUUUCUUGCAGCCCUGUUUUCUGUGAUGCUGGAAUGUUGGGUAUAAAAUGUCCCAUAUUCUUAAAAUGCUCUUUUUAAAAUAUGCACUUAUUUUGUCACUAGGAACAUGACAGGCAUUUAAGACUGGCAUUUGGUUACAAAUCAGAUGGCUCUUUUCACAGAUUCCUCUAUUUUUUUCCCAAGUUCUUGUUUUAUGGUCACUUUAAUGCCUAUGAGGACUUAGUUGACAUUACCCGCUGUUCAUGGCCAUUUGCUUAAAGCAGAGAUGGCCUUGAAUGAGCAGAGGAGCUGUUGGUUGGCAGUGCAGGAUGUUUGACAAAAAAGCAGCCCUGUGGCUGCACUCUCUAAAAGCUCACACUCCACUCCUUGCUCAGGAACAGACUUUCUGGGUGAUCAUGGGAAAGUUACUCGGCCCUGACAGGCUCCCCACGGGUGCAGUAGGGUGCUUGGCCUUGCCCUACCUCAUGGGGGUGCUGUAAGGACCUAGUGUUACACGCUGAGAGUCAUAUAUGCUGUUGGUGGAGGUGAUGACAUAAAGCUUAUCUGUAUCUGUCAAUUAUGUCAGUACUAAUAUAAUUAUUUCAAAAGCCAGCACUUCCCCAUGGUUUUGGUUUGUUCCUCUAGUUUAUUCCAGCUCUAUGCAACAGCUCAAGUGUUGCAACCUCCCAUCUCAGGCCAUUCCUGACUCUUGGCAUCCAACAGAAGGUCACUGUACCAACCAGCCUCUUCCUCAUUUCGGCUGGUGUUCAGGGUUUCUCUGUUGCAGCAGAAUGGUCAAAGGCAGGUAUGUUUGUUGAACCCUCUGAUAUGAAGUUUGCUCCAUAAGACUGUGUUUCCCUGAGCAGAGUAAAAGCAGUGAAGAUCUUGUUCAGAAAACCUCUCUCUCUCAGGCUUUCUGCUUCCUUUCCAGUGACCUGCUUCCUUAACACCUGAGUGGUGGCUGCCCCCAUAACUCCAGAGCUGUGUUUUCAUACAUAAUAACACAUAGAACUUCUCCUUCAAAGACUCUGCUGUUGGCUUUAAAUGAGAUCUCUGCCUGCCUUUGAGCAGCAACCCCCCAGUAGAUGAGUUCAGCACACCAGCAUGCACACAUCCUGCUUUCUGAAUAGAUAGAACAGUUUAGCAUUACUCUUCAUUGCAUGUAUCAGCACAAGGCCUCAAAGUCUCAGUUUUGGGUCAGAGCAUUGAUGUACAUGGUGCUAUUCAAGCACAUAACCAACUUAAACUCUUUGAGCUCAAUAAACUGUGUUGCUGGUAAAAGAAAUUUGCUGACCAAGUCAGGUCGUACUCACCUUGUCAGACCUGGGAAAGCACUCACAGCACUUGG